GGAGGAUACCGAGGAGGAUACCGAGGAUAUUCUUCUAUAGACCCUAGGGCGUCGAACGAACAAGUGACUGCCUUUCAACAAAGCACCUCGCGCGCGAAUCUCGCGUACGAGGUAGGCAUGGUGGGAGCAAGCAUCGAGGCGGAUGGGAGAGCCCGAUCAUCCCAUGACCUGGAGCCAGGAGGCGGGCAGUGGAGGAAGAGAUGGAAAGCGGUGCGUCGUGCGGAUUCAUCUGGACGACAAGCUGAAAUCCUUGUUCCACAAACUCGGCCAUCCCGAGCAAGACUGUUUAUCACAACGAGUACAACCACGAGCUCACUGAGCUUGGGGAUGGAGUGGUUUUUCGCCGCUAGGCCAUCCCUACAGGCAGGCUACAUCUAUUAGAAUAUACUCCCACAUAAGGGAAAUCACAGUCUAUACAGACUCUUUUCCAUGACUGUUGUUGUGUGUUGUUGUGUAUACUCUAACACAACGAGUUAGCUGUCUAUACCGACUCUUUCCCAAUCCACGACUAUUCCUAUAUGUAUUCGCUUAGCUUUAUGGGAUAGGACGUUAAAAUUAUACAUGUAUAGAUGAAUACAUACAUACUAUAUAUUCCCAGUCCAUAUCCAGAUA